AUGGCCAACUCUACGGUAACUCCAUCAAGACGUAGCGUAGGAUGGAAUGUCGUUUUCCUUGCUGGAAAGAGCCAUAGCUAUUUCGCCGGCGUUUUUAGCCCCGCCAGCUGUUCGUUAUUGACGUUUCAAGAUGUUGUUCGCGAAAUGAGCCUCUGCUUUGAGUUCCAAGGUGGAGACGACACCGACUUCUGGGAAAAUAUUGCCUUCGAAACCCUCGAUCACGACUGUUGCCAUGACUCGUUUCCUUUAUUGGUUCGGGAUUUGAGUGUAUCUGUUCCAAGCCUUGAUUCGUCUAAUCUCAAGCGCCCAAAUGUGUUGAGGUUCCGCGUCUUCCGCCACAAGCCCUGUCAAUUGCCCGACGAUUCAUCAUUGCAUGCCCAUCUCCAAGCCAAGUGCGCCCAAUAUCUUCCCCAGCCUGUCCGGCGUCGCAAUAUGCGAUACCUUCCACCUAAGACGGCAUCGUCAGAUUCGCGUUAUGCCAUUAUGCCAUAUCGAUCAGCACUCAAAGGGCGCCGAGGAGGAUCUGUAUCGCCAAAAAGACCUCGAUCUGGUUCAGCGUCACCUAACAAAGAUACUUCAGCCGACCUGGAUGACACGGACGUUAGCGAAAUGGUUAUGCCAGCGAAAAUGGACCUGGAUCUAGCCAAAGCAAAGAAAUACUCCAACAGUUUCCGAACAUCAUGUCUUGAUAACGCAAACGCAUGCGCUGUGUCCGGAAAAGGCGCGUCGUGGUACUUCAAUUCAGAUAUUGGUCCGGCUCUUCACGCUUGCCAUAUUGUAGAACAGAAGCAAUAUCAUCUGUAUCCUAGGGACGACGACGACCAAGAUGAUGAGGACAGUAUGUUUAGCCCACGGCGACUUGGCGAAUUAUGGCUGCGCACCUGGUCGUCAAGGAAUAGUAUUCUCUUGCUAUCCCAUCUCCACGAGCUGUUCGAUGCCAGGCUUUUCUCAAUCGAUCCGACGACACACAGAAUCCGCGCCUUCGUUCCAUACGACGUUAUCACGGAAUAUCAUGGCCGGAAAGCAACUUUGGCUCGGGACGUUGAUCCAUUGGCGUUACAGCAUCAUUACGACAUGUGCUGCAUCGAGAAUAUGGCCGCUCAGUUUCCAUACAUCGAUAUGAUGACGUCGCUCGAAGAUAGCCGGAUGACUCCUGGUACCAAGACACCAGCUAGUACAAGAACAGACCUUCUAGGGACUCUAGACUUAGGAGAUCUAAACCUCACAGGUGAUCCGUCUAAGAAACAGCAGCUCGUGAGGCGAGGUCGAGAUCUAGCUUCCGGCAAGAGCCCUGCGGCGGAUGCAGUGGGGUUUCCACCUGAAGGAGAAGAUGGGGGUGGUAAAAGGAAGAGAUCAGACAGUCGCGAGUUAAACCUCGAGUGUCUAUAUAAUGGAUGUUGCAGUGAUAGUUACGUCACUUCAUUAAAUAGCCGUGAGUUCUUGGCAGAUGUCAACUGGGAACUACAAAGGUUUAAGGCUACUAAACUUAGCUAG